UUAAUUCUCUUCUUCAUAUCUAUUACACAUGACAAACCAAGUUCUAUCUGUAUCAACAACAAUGGUUUCACAAAACCAUGUCAUUGAUACUGAGGAGGCGAUUAUCAUGGAACACGUUAAGGCUACACAUAAUCCCAGAGGUGAAAUGGAUGUCGAUGCAAGUUCUAUUCUCGAUUUUGUUGAUGACAUCUUCAAUUCCGAUACGAUUCCUCUAAAAGCAACGCAAGACAAGUUAACUCUAAAAGAGUACAUCCAGAAUGAGAUUUCAUCUCAUGUAUUACAACUCUCCUUAAUGGUAGCGUGUAGUUGUUUAAAUAAUGUUGAUAGUCACUCAAUAGCAAUUUGUCUACUAACUACACUAUCAGUGUAUCCAUGGCACACUAAGGCAGUAAUGAUGCUCACUUCAUUUGCGAUCAUCUAUGGAAAAUUUAAAGUUGUCUCACAAUCACGCCAACGCAGAGAAUUGGCCUACAACUUGGCUCUUUCAAAGCAAAUGUCUUCCUCUAACCCUAAAUAUUUAGAGGAUAACUCAAUAAAGUCUGCCUUAGAUCUCGUCAAGCUUAUGGUUGAGCUUAAACAUUCAUCUCCUAUGAUUGUGGCUAACUAUUGGAUAGCAAGAUUUGUUGUUGCUUAUACCAGACUUUGUAUUUUGGACCCCGAGUCCCAAAUUCAACUAUCUGAGCAGUCCAAGUUAUCCACCAAAAUCAAAGAGAUAAUGGCUUCUAGCCACUCACUACUAGAGGCAAAAAGGGCAGAAGACGAAGUAAUUCUUGAUCUCAAGUGGUUGCUGGAGAAACUUGAUCGUGGAUUAUUACAAAAGGAAAUUUCCCCAUGUCGAUUAGAUCUGUUUCGAGGGAAGGAAGUGUUAUUACUAAUAUCAUCUGGCAGACACUUCCCCUCUUAUGUAUAUAAUGCGCCUAGAGGAGUACAGAUGAUUUGGGUUCGUAUUACAAAGGUUGAGAAGAUGGGCCUACAAAUUAUUCAUAGUUUCGGAAGGAGUGUAAUGGUUCGUCACAAACCGGUUGCACAAGUAUUCAGAAAAUUUCUUGAAGAUAAAUGUUUCCCAAUUUUUCAAGUCGGGGGUGAUCCUAUCGUCAUUUCACUGGACAAACGAGGAAGGUUGGUUCAUUAUAAUGCGUUGCACAUGAUACUGACAUGGAGAUAUCAACUAUAUGAAGAGACAACAAUGAACCAUGAUUUACUCCCUUCGUUAGAAAAUGAGUUGAGGGAAAGGACUUUGGGUGCUGACCGUGUGAUUGGUGAUAUUGACAAACAAAUACACGACUUUGCUAGCCAGGUCCGCAAGAACAUCAACAAUUGGGUGAAUGAUAUUAAGGACAAGAUGAGAAGUUCGUUUCGUUCUUACAAUUACACAAGUGAGAGGGAACAAACUCUAAGUGGUAAAGAAUCAUGGAGCCUUAAACUUGUAGUAUCUGACAUCUUGUACAGAUCCAAAAUUGAUAAGUGGAUUGAUGAUGAAGAGUACAUUUUCUUAUGUGGAGGCAAUAACAAUAAACAAGUUCAAGAAUUUAUACUAAAGAUACAGGAAAUUUGUUCCAAAAUCCAAAUGAAUUGGAGAAUUGUAUACAUUGGAAGAAGUGAAAAAACAUUAUUUGAUGAGGAUGUGAGAAGGAUGUGUGAUUCUACAGUCACUUCUGAGCAAAGGAUUAAGGAAUUUUGGACACGACUUCAAAGCAUGGCCUCGUCUAGGAUUCAAUAUUUACAUAAAAUGGGGCUUGACGAAGGGAGUGAUGAAAUUAUGCAAGGCGUCAAAAAAUUGUUAGUUUACGAAGCUGAAGGUUCAACAGUUGGAGUAUGGGCUUUAUUAAGCAAAGGGAAAGGAAUAAUUGCAUGCGAUAUGGGAGAUAAAAUGCUCGGAGUCAUGAAUGAGUACGAGAAGUGGAAGGACAAUGCACAAAUCAAUGGUUUUGAUCGAGCAUUUAAGGAUUGCUAUGAGAUGAUGCUUAGUUCUUCCUCUUCUACUUCAUAUCAACACCCUUAUUGUUUUCUCAAUUAUCCUUCUAAUUUGGAGAAAAUCCCAAACACCCAGUCAUGCCCUCACUGUAAUCACAAUAUGCAUAAACUUGUCACUUUCUCAUGUUGUCAUACUUUUGUGGAUCGUCCGCGUGAAAGAGAAUUUUUAUUUCAUGUAUGA